AUGCUGCCUAAGCGGCAGCGCCUCGCGGGCGAAGGGCCCCCGAGCCCUGGGUGUAGGUGCCGCAGCAGCAGCAACGACAGCAGCGCAGCAGCAGCAGCAGCAGCAGCGGGUCCUUACCCAGUGAACCUGAAUCUUCCUCCCCUAACCCUGCUCUCCCACCACCACCCGCAGCAGCAGCAGCAGCAGCAGCAGCAGCAGCAGCAGCAGCAGCAGGAGAGGCUGCUGCCUGUUGCAGCAGCACGGCUGCCUGUGCCUCCUCUCCCCUCUGUUCUUUCUGUGCCUGCCUUAGUUAGAGCAAGACAAGCAGAAGUUGCUGCGCUGCUGCAGCAGCUGCAGCAGAUACCAAACCGCUAUCAGCAGCAGCGGCAGCAGCAGCAGCAGCAGCAACGAAACUACCGCGAGCAACUGCAGCACAAGCAGCUAUCCAAGCGUCAAAAAAAAGCAGCAGCAGCAGCAGCAGCAGCAGCAGCUGCUGCUGCUGCUGCCUCAGAUGCAGCAAUCGGCGACGCAACAACCACCCCAUCACCAGCAGCAGCAGAACCACCAGCAGCAGCAGCAGCAGCAGCAGCAGCAGCAAGAACAGGCCCCUGCCGCCGAGCCUUUCAGAGGCUGCCGGUGUAUAUGCGGCGGCGGUGUAUGUCCUUCAACCCGUAUAGAAUACCCAAAAGAAUAAGAAACCCUAUACUAGCAGAAAUGGCCAAAACACCGCCCAAGGUAAACCCUAAACCCUAA